GGACCCGCCGCGGACGGCUCUGCAGUCGACGCGCGGUGCCGGGAGUGACCUGGUCGGGGUCAGCGUCGACAGCCGACAUGGCGACAGCCGGCGGGCUCGCCCUGAAGGAGGCGGAGGCGGCCGAGUCGUGUCCACCCGAGCCGGAGCAGCCGUGGCCGACCGAGGACCCUGGCCUGGACGCCUGUCUGGAGGAGGACCUGGGCUUCACCACCAUCGGCAACAGCGGCAACCCCUGGGUGGAGAAAGCUGCCGAGCACGGCUCGUUCUGUCUGGCCUGGGUGCGGAGGUGGACCCGGGGGCGUUAUGAGGACUGGCUGUUCCUCUCACUCCUCGGCAGCUUGAUGGGCAUCUACUCCUUCGGCAUUGACGUCGCCGUCCAGGCGCUUCAUCAGUUUCGUCUGAAUGCGUUUCUGGCGUCGGCGGAUCUGCCCAGCCGGAUGGUGGUGUGGUACACCAUGACGGCCGGCAUCGCCAUCGCGGCCGCCCUCUUCAUCGCCUGGUUUAUACCGAGCGCCACAGGAUCCGGUUUUCCUGAGAUGAAGGCCUAUCUUCAGGGAGUGAAGAUGAAAAACACAUUCUCACCGCUCACGUGCAUAGGCAAGAUCAUAUUUCUGCCCAUCACCUUAUGUUCUGAACUUCCCUUGGGAAAGGAGGGUCCGGUGACGCACGUGGCGGCUGUGUUCGCCUUGUUCAUCACCAAGGUGUUCAAAGACAUAUCUGCCGAGGAGCUGGAACGGCACUCAGGCAACGAGCUGGUGGCGGCCGCCUGCACCAUGGGCGCGGCUGUCUGCUACGGAGCCCCCGUCGGCGGGGUGUUGUUCAGCAUCGAGGCGACGCGGGCCUACUUUGCCGUGAGGAACUACUGGCGCGGCUUCUUCGCCGCCGUCUGCGGCACGCUGUUCUACAAAUACCUGUCGCAGAUGUACCACGGCACUGGUGAGGCCGUGCGUUGGAAUCUGGUGCGGCAGAACACCAUCCGACCGAAGCAGCCGCUGUGCCUGCGCUCCCAGCCGGCUAAGUCGGCGCUCAAGGGCUCCAACGGUAACCUGCAGCCUCCCACGGCACCGGAGCCUGCGGAGCCGACCCCCGCCAACAGCCCCCGCCCCAGCCAGGAGCGCCGGCUGUCCCGGUUCAGCGUCAAGCGGGUCGAGGAGCAAGACAUGGCGGUGGGCGGACUCGCGAUGACGGACCUGCCCGCAGAGCUGAGCCUCGAGACAGACGCGCCGGGCUGGACGGUGGGAGACGAGGCGGCUGAAGACUCUGGCCGAGGCUCCUCCGCCUCAGCCUCGGAGCCGGCCAAGCCACCGCCGGUGGCGGCCGACUCGUUCGACUCGCUGGCCGAGUCGUGGAGCGGCGCAGACGAGCCGGACUCGCCGGUGGGCGGCGCGCGGCCGAGGCGAGGCGCCCUCUACCUCAGCCGCUCGGGACCCGACCUGUCCAGCCGCAGCGGCGAGGUGUACGACUCGCUCGCCUCCCAGGGCUCCCGCAGCUCGCGCAUGCGCGACGGCAUGGCGCGCAUGCUGGCCAAGGCGGCCUCCGUCGACCUGGAGGAGCGCACGCACAACACCAAGCGGCGGCUGAAGAAGCAGUUCAGCAUCUCCGACAUGUACAACAGGGACGGUAACGAUCUAUCUGCAAUGAACAUGGGCCAACUGAUUCAGAAGACCCUGGAACGCACCAGCAAUAUUCUUACGACGAUCAGAAGCCCAACCAAGGAGCGCCUGGAGGAGGAGCAGCGGCUGCAGCGCGCCUGGCGCCGCCAGCAGCUGAGCCGCAUCGUCGAGCUGGACCAGGUGAUCGAGGUCGAGCCGUUCCCACUCUCGGUGACGGUCGAGACGCCGCUGGUGCAGGUGCACCGUAUGUUCGCCAUGCUCUGUGCCCACAAGAUGUACGUCAUGGACCGCCGGCGACUGGUCGGCUGCCUGCCUCUGCAGAGGCUGUCGGAGUUUAUCGCGGGCGGACACUUCGAGUCUCACUCGGAAGGGGGCUGCGGCGGGCGGCGCCGGCGGCCUGACCGACCCCACGCCCGCCUCCGGGUACGACACGGUCGGCUCCGAGUUCUCCGGCCGCCGCGACGACUCCGAGUUCGGCUCGCAGGACACGCUGGACGGCAUCGGCGAGGCUGUGGACGACUCGCCCUGCGGCCCGGCCACCGGCGCCCGGCCGCGCUGUCGGGUCGAGGGCAUGGUGUGAUUGUCCCCCGGACAUCCGGCGGGCAUGGUGUGAUUGUCCCCCGUACACCCGGCAGGCACGAUGUGAUUGUCUCCCGGACACCCGGCGAUGUGUAUGUCUCCCGGAUACCCGGCGGGAGUGGCGUCUCUGUCCUCCGGACACCCGGCGGGCUUGGUACAUAUGUCUCCCGGACGCCCGGCGGGCGUGGCGUCUCUGUCCUCCGGACACCUGGCGGGCUUGGUGUAUAUGUCUCCCGGAUGCCGGCGGACAUGGUGCGACUCAGUGAUGGCUGGUGCGGCUGAGUCUCGGCCUGUUACGCAUGUAACAUACGCAGCCUGCAGUCAGUGGGACUGUGCGUUCUUCAAAAGGAGGUAUUCUUUGCGUGUCGGGCACCAGCGCUGUUUAACAAUCGUAUGUGUGUUCGGUGAGUUCUAGUGACCUUCAUGGUUUGAUUUGUGAGUACCACUCGAUUGGAUGAGAUAUAAUGUUGAUGGCAAUCUUGCGGCAUUGUUUUGGCUCGUCGAAAGUCUGAAGUUGUGCUAAAUCUCUAAAACCACCAGCAAUGGGAUCUUGAGCACAGGGCGCGCAAUGCACGUAUAGGCUAUGUGGAGAGGCUGGGAACUCUACACGAGAUAAGCAGCACGGUCCUCUUAUCAAAAUUACGCAACAGCCGCAAUAUAAACGAAA